AUGAACGCAAAAGUCGCCCGGCGUGACUGCCGCCUGGCCGUGACGACGCCGUACUCGCGAGGCCUGACCAAUUCCCCGUCCCGGCGUGCAAGCCAACCCGUCCUGCUCGCCUUGCGCGCCCGAAGCAGGCGCCUGUUCUCUACCUCGACGGCUUUUCGACAGCAUGACUCGGUAGCCGACGGCGGAAGAUCCGUCGAGGACAUGGAGCGGGUGGUGCGUGAUGCGAAGCAACGCUUCCGUGACACGCUGCCGAAAAACUACCUCGACGAGCAAGAGUACGCACUGUACGAGCGACUCUACGGCCCGCCCUUGCGUGAGACGGCACCCGAAGAUGUCGGCAUACCCAUGCAUGCGGAGCCCGGCUCGGCCAUCAAAGGCACCGUCUUGCGGCCCCUCGACCAUGGCGAGCUGGACCAUGUCGCCUCCACGGCGGCCCACGAAGCAGCGAUUGUCGGACCUGCUCCUGGAUACGUUGACAUGGUGGCCCGAAGCCAACGGGAGCAUGACGCGCUGCAGAGACUCGCAAAUGACUUUGAGGCGGCACAACGGAACCGUCAGCCGACCGAAGACGAGGUUGCACACGCCGGCGAGGCAGACGGCACGGAGGAGACGACGGUGCCCGACUGGCUGGAGCCGGAACCGGACGAGGGACGCAGGCUAUCCGGAGAGGCUCGUCGCUUUCACGAGUACACGCUCAAAGGCAGAUUCCACGGCAGCCCGGUGGAGUUGACCCUUCCUCGCGCCGAGCUGACGGACCCGAUCCGCGAGCUGCUCGAUCGGUCACACCUCAAGCACGUCAAGGAAGCGGCCGAGGCCGCCUUUGGCGGAAGAGGACUCCCAACGUCCCCGGCGACGCCCGAAAGCGUACGGAACGGCCGGAUGGGUGGCGUCGGUCUCGCACCGGACCAGCGGCACAUGACGGAGAUUGAGGCCGACGCCUUCAUCGCGAGCUACCUGCCGCCGGCCUACGCAACCGUCAUGUCGGUGCUGCGCGAGGUGAGGAGACGUGCCGGCCGCCGUUGGAUUCAACCUCGGCUCAAGCAGGGCGGCCUGAGCGUGCUCGACGCAGGCGCCGGCGGCGCCGGCUUGAUCGCCUGGGAGCAAAUCGUCCGAGCUGAGUGGGACGUGCUCAAGGAAGCGGGCGAGGUGAGCGGGCAGCCUCCGCAGGGCAAGAAGACGGUCAUCGCCGCCUCCGACCGACUCCGCCAUCGCAUCAAGACCUUUCUCGACGACACCACCUUUCUGCCGAGGCUGCCCGACUACGAACACUCGGGCGACAUGCGUGGACAGCACAUCGAUGCCGGGGACCAACGCCAAUCUCGUAAAACCUUUGACGUCAUCAUCGCCUCCCACUUGUUCCUGAAGGAAAAACAAGAUCACUACCGACAAGCUGUUCUCAACAACCUGUGGAGUCUGCUGAGCAAGGAUGGAGGCGUCCUCGUCGUCGUCGAAAAGGCCCACCCGCGCGGCUUCGAGGCCGUCGCCCACGUCCGGGACACUGUCCUCAAUCACUUUCUCCUACCUCCGUCUGGCCAGUCGAGGGUCGGCAUCGACGACUUCAACCCGGCCUUUCACCGGGAGCUCGAAGCCGGACAGAUCCUGGCCCCUUGCACGAGCCACGGCAGCUGCCCGAUGUACGUGGAGGAAGGGAAGAGCAAGGGGCGCAAGGACUACUGCCACUUCCACCAGCGAUUCGCGCGACCGAAAUUCUACAGCGCCAUGCUCGGCGCGAGCGCGGGAACGCAGGGCGACGUCGAGUUCAGCUACGUCACAUUCCAGCGGGGCGUGGCCAAGGCCGGCUCCCUGAGCGGCGCCGAGGCGACGGCAAAGGCGCUCGAGGGGUACGAGAUGUCGAGCGAGGGCCCCGACAUGAAGUCGCUGCCCAGGGUUGUUCUGCCGCCGCUGAAGCGCAAGGGCCACGUCACGCUCGACGUAUGCACACCCGAAGGCAAGAUGGAGCGAUGGACGGUGCCCAAGAGCUUCAGCAAGCUCGCGUACCACGAUGCGCGGAAAUCGCAAUGGGGUGACCUGUGGGCCCUCGGAGCCAAGACGCGGGUCCCGCGCAACGUUCGGCUCGGAAGCGGUGCCGAGGAAGGCAAGAAGCGAGCGGCUGACGACAAGAAGCCCCGGCGAGUCGAGAUCGCCAUGGACGGAGGCCGCAUCCCAGCCAAGGACAGGAAGCCAAAGAGCAAGGAAGCCAAGAAGAGGGACCUCAUGAGAGACUUGUUCGCCGCCGAGGCGGUGGAGGAGAGGCUGAUCGAGAGGGAGAUGGACGAAGAAGACGUGUCCGAGGCUGCCGUGGAGGGGGGACGGGACGUGGCGGGACGGUAG